AUGGGCCGAGGAUCGGUCAAAGAUCUCACCUCAGCUGACCCCCUACUACAGGAGAAAGUUGCUGUGGAGCUCUUCACCCUAAACCAGAAAUAUUACUUGGUAACGGUCGAUUACUAUAGUGGUUAUUGGGAGCUGGACCGGCUACAUAACACAGAUUCUGGAACUGUGGUCAGAAAACUCAAGGCCCACUUUGCAAGGCAUGGGAGUCCGUGUCAACUUGUUAGUGACAAUGGCCCCCAAUUUGUAGCUGCAGAGUUCCAAAAGCUUACAAAAGAAUGGGACAUUGAGCACAGGGUCACCUCUCCUUACAAUAGAAUCGGAAGUAGUCCAGUUCAGAGGCUUAUGAAUAGGAGGACAAGGACAUUACUUCCCACAACUGGUUCUCUCCUGGAACCAAGAACCCUGAGCUCUAGUCACGAGAGAGAGAAGCUGAAAGAUGUUCAAAAAAGGCAGGCUCGAUACUACAAUUCUGAUGCCCAUGACUUACCUGAAUUGAAUGAGGGAGACAAUUUGAGGCUGAAACCGUUUGUACUGGGGCAAAAGGAAUGGAAGAAGGGAGUGGUUGUUGAACGACUUGACGAAAGGUCAUAUGAAAUUGAGACAGCAGAUGGAUCUUCCUAUAGGCGCAACAGAGCCCAUCUGAAGAAGACUAAUUAG